AUGUUGCCAGAUCCGAAUUUACGCGCUGGCGCGUUGGUAAUGGAAACCUCUGAAACGUUAUUCGAGGGGCGCCAAAUACAUGUGGACAAGUCGGUGUGCACAAUUAAAAAUGCAGGUAGGGAAAUUGCCAGAAUUGAGGUUGAGGAAAAGAGCAUUGAUCACGCGCUGUUUGUUUACUUUGGAGGAGUAAAAACCCUGGUCGUAAUUGCUGGUGAUAUGCUUUAUUCUUUGGGUAGAGGCGCAAGGCGAUGUACAAUGACUCUUCCAUUCACACCGAUAAACGCCUUGGUUUGCGAAAAGGGGCUGAUUUUGGCCUCAAAAACAGCACUUUAUCUCAUGACGGAUCCUUUGAAAGUGCUUGGUCUUGUUGUUCCUUCAUCUACGUCCACAAUCGGCCCAGACGAGCAGCCAAUAUAUUUUGGAGACGAAAAAUGUCAUUUAGCUGUAUUUAAGGACAAGGACUCAAUCAAAAUCUACCAUAUUAGAUAUUUGGCAAGACAACGCAAACGCGGUCAAAUGAAAUCUCGCUCAAAAUCCAGGACAAGUUUCGAUCAAAUACUCAGUUCUAGUGGUUCUUUGAAACGUUCAUCUAGUGCACGACUUUCGGAGAAGGCACUGCGGCUAAGAAGAAGUGAUCGAUUCAGUGAUCGUAUCAGUGAUCGGCUCUCUCUGGCUGUUCUAACCGACGAAUCCUCCCCCGUGGAUAUUGCAUUUGAGGAUUUUGAGUAUGAAAAAGAAGCUUUGCUGAGUUUUGUUAACAGCGUCUCGGUAAGUGGUAGCGCGCUGCUCAGAGUUCACCCCCAAAGACUUCAGAGCUGGCUGAGUCUAUCAAUUUUGGACUACAUGAACUCAAUUCUCAUCCACAGUAUUUAUUCUCGUGGAAAUAUUCUGGAGUCAACAGAACUUUUACCGAGAAAAUCAGUUGUUCCUUUGGUCGGCUACAAAAUAAAAAACCAAGAUUACCCAUUUUUAGCCUUCUUGACCGAAGGCUAUGUAAUGAUCUGUUCUCCUUUUUUCAAGGGCCAAACGCACAAACCCCCUCUGCAAAAUCAAGGAAGUAUUUCAGAUCUCCAGCCUCUUGGGCUCAAAAAUGGUUUUAAGUAUAAGAGCAAUGGUAGCGAAUGGGAGAACUUUCAAUUGGUUGAGUUUUUGCAUCCAUUGAUCGUCCAGUGUUUUGAACUACUAACACUCUCCACCGAACCUGAGAUUUUAAGCCACCUAGUUCUUAAUUUCGCGCUCAACUCUAGAGUCUUGGAUCAAUGGGAGGUGUUUGAAUCUGUGAUUGUUUCUUGUUUAGCGAACUUUUCCGAUAUGCCCUCCCAGCCUUGGCUAGCACUUGCGCAAAGAGUUCAAAAAACAAGUACUAAAACACUCACUGGCCCUGACACUAUCAUAUAUUUGCACCUUUUGCGCGAAGAUAUGAUGCUCCGAGCUCGCGCAAGUGAUAGUGUUCGCAAGCUUGGCCAUCUGCUGAGCUGUUUGACAACCUGGGCUGGCUGGAGUUGGAGUGAGUACUAUCGAGUCGACGCAAACUCUAAGGAUUUGGAGGAAUCAGUCAACUUAGAUUUGGCUCAGGUACCUGGUCGGCUCCCAGUAAUCUACGAGAGCUUCGUCUCCAACAUUCAGCCACCGUUUAUUCCAUACCCUGAUACGAGCCAGGCAAAAGAUGUUUUCUACUAUACAAAUGUGUGCAAAUCAUUUUUCGAAAUGCUCAGCGCUCAGAAUACAACAGUUUCCAAAAUGUUACAGCUUCUCAAAACCAUUGAUCUGACACCUUCGAAGCUGGAGACUUUUGCGGUCGGACCACGGUUCUGCAUUAUGGAAGUCCUUGGCUACAUGCAGAUUGAAGCAGGUGAAGCUGAAUUUCGGUUACUCAAUCGACGUGAUUUAGAGGCCACAUACGAGAGCACUCAGGUUAAAGUUGCGGAAACGUCGCAACUACAUGAUGACGAUCAUUUGAAUAUAACACGGCUUAUAUUUGAUAAGGACCGCCGUUUUUACGAAGUUGCACAUUUACUCCAGGUCAACAAAAGCCAGCAAUGCGAUCUUCUUCAACCGCCAGACUGCAGCGAACACGACUGGCUAGAAAUGCAGCAAAAUCUGGCCCAUCUCGUUGCAAUACGCACGCUUUCCGCAUCUUUUGGAUUGGCUGCGGUUUACUUUAGUUCCAAAGUACCCAUCGUUUCUGAGAGAUUAGAACUGUCCAAGCUUGACUUUGAUAUCUUUUUACGGGAUCAUGGCGUGAGUAUUGUUUUCAGCCCCGAGAAUCUUUCUUCAAGCACCCGUACUUGGGGGUACUUAGCCCAUGGUGUUGCUACUGGACUGAGUAUUUCGAAAGAGGCAAAAAAUAUCACCAGCCAUUGGAUUGUUUACAAUAAUUCUCAAGAAAAUACAUACCCUUCACAGCAUGCUGGCUUUUUGCUGGGACUGGGGAUAAUGGGCCAUUUGAAGACACUUGAAGAAUGGCACAUAUAUCAUUAUCUCGGAGAAAAAGAUCCAAUUAUGAGCAACGCUCUAUUAAUGGGACUGGCUGCGUCAAGCAUUGGAACAAUGAACUCGAAACUUACCAAAGUCUUGAGUGUCCAUAUUUCCGCUCUUCUUCCUUUGGGCUCUAGCGAUUUGAAUGUCACGCCGAGUAUUCAGACUGCAGCAAUUAUAGCGAUGGGGUUACUUUAUAUGGAGACACAAAAUCGACGUAUGAGUGAAGUGAUGCUUUCGGAACUUUGCUCUACCUCUACUGACCGACUAGAGAUGUAUCGAACCGCUUCUGGAAUUUCCCUUGGACUCAUGAACUUGGGAAAGGGAAAAGAUCUUUGUGGUUUCUUUGAUGUUGAGGUUGUUGAGGAGCUUCAAGCUGCGGCUGCGAUACAAUCCGAUGCCAGACCAUUGUCGCCCGUUCAGUUGUCACAAAGUGGCUCCGUCAUGGCAUUGAUGUUGAUGUUUUUGGGUACAAAUGACGCGGCAGUAGCCAGUAGUCUUAACUGUCCUACUUCUGAGUUCUUAGCCAAUUACACUCGACCUGAUAUUCUUUACACAAGAAGUAUGGCGCGAAAUCUAGUUCUUUUCGACAGCAUACAACCAAGUAGAGAGUGGAUCACGAAGCAGAUCCCUCCUGCUAUAUACGUUGACCUUUCCGAGAUACAGUACCACGAUAGCGAUUUCUUGCCCUUUUAUAAUAUCUUGUGUGGUGUUCUCGUUUCGAUUGGGAUCAAAUUUGCCGGCACGGGUGAUGAAAGUGCGAUCGAUGUACUGCUGCACUACGUUGAUGAGUUCAGAAGGCUUUCUCAGCUACCAGUAACAUCUGUCGAUGAGCGUAUUUGUAAAUUCGGUCUUACAAGUCUUCAGUCGAGACUUGUCAUUUCUGUUUCUCUUGUAGCUGCUGGCCGAGGUACAGUUUCAGUAUUACAGCGUCUGCGCCCAUUGUUCGCGCCGAUUACACCCGAUACGACUUAUGACGAGUAUGUGGGAGUUUCUAUGGCAAUGGGGAUCCUAUUUUUGGGUGGUGGCCAAUACAGUUUCAGUCGCAGUCCUCGCAGUAUUGGUUGUCUCGCUAUAUCUUUGAUGUCUUUAGCUGGAGCCGAAACUGAGGCAGCUGGUUGGGAGCAUCUCAGAUUUUUCUGGGCUUUUGCGACAGAAAAACGCUGCCUUAUUGUUAGGGAUGUUGAGACCCACGUGCCAUUACAAGUCAAUGUGGAGAUAGUCGACCGUUCUGGGGGUUCAAACAUGCUCGCUUCACCGUGCUUGUUGCCACCACUGGAUACAAUCGCUGAUAUCGCAAUAAAAGACAAGAUGCUUCUUCCAAUUACGAUCCACCUUUCAGACCCCAACAAUGAUUUGGCGCACAAUGUUAUGAAAACUAAAACUAUUUUUAUGCAAAAGGCCAAAACUGUGUCCUCAAGCUUGGCAGAUAGACUUGCCUGGAGAAGCUCACCACAGGGAUCAGAAUCGAUGGGUAAUUUCCUUGACAUUUUGGCAUCCCAGAAAAAUAAGAGGCCCGAGACUCUUUGGAACCUAAAGCUGUUACUCGUAUUCGCAGAGAGCUGGCGGCCUGACGAGGAACUUCGCUGCAUACCUCGACGCCGAUUGGAUAAGGUCAAAGUGCAUCUGCGUCGGACAGCUGGGGCGAAAUCAAAUUUGUUCAACAGAAAAAGUGGGGUUUAG